CUAGUAAAGAGAGAGAGAGAGAGACUAGAGAAGGAGGGAGAGUUGCACUUGAGCGCUACAGAAACAUGGAGCUCGCCAACAAGCCGGUGGUUGUGAUUACAGGCUGUUCAAGCGGCGGCAUAGGCCACGCCAUGGCCCGCGAGUUCGCCGCGAAGAACUGCUUGGUGGUGCCAACCGCCCGAUCUCGCUCCUCGAUGUUGGAUUUCGAGAACGAUGCGCGGUUUUACCCUCUUGAACUCGACGUCCUCUCCGAUCACUCAGUCACGACUCUUCUCGCCGACGUUCUUCGGAGGUUCGGCCGGAUCGAUGUUCUGGUGAAUAACGCGGGAGUGCUGAGCGUUGGGCCGCUCGCUGAGAUCCCCCUGUCCACCAUUAAACACACCUACGACACCAAUGUCUUCGGAAGCAUGAGGUUAAUUCAAGCUGUGGUUCCUCACAUGGCAUCCAGGAGAGAGGGAAAGAUUGUUAAUGUUGGAAGUUGUAUUGCUCUAGCAUCUGGGCCAUGGGCUGGUGCUUACAGUUCAUCCAAAGCUGCUCUACAUUCACUAACAGAUACUUUGAGGCUGGAACUUAGACCUUUGGGGAUUAAAGUCAUCAAUGUUGUUCCUGGAGCUGUGAAGUCCAAUAUAGGGAACUCAGCUAUUGUCAAUUAUGAAGAUCGAAUGCCGGAAUGGAAAUACUACAAGAAAUUUGAAAGAGCGAUAAGAGCAAGAGCAGUCUUCUCACAGGUCACAAAGGCGACCCCUGCAGACGAGUUUGCGAAACGUACCGUGAAAGCACUUCUUAAGAGAAACCCCCCGGCUUGGUUCUCAACCGGACAUUACUCAACCAUGGCAGCGAUCAUGUAUCACUUGCCAUUCUUCUUCAAAGACUUCAUCCUCAGGAGAAAAAUGAUGACUUGAAAGCUAUUACGACUGCAGUUAGAGGAGAACAAUCAAUCCACUAUGGUCUUUGGAUUUGAGAAACUUGGAGAAACUUGAUCAGACAACAGGGCCUCACGGGGCGUCUUGGCUUUACUAUGAAGACAGUCCCUCUAUUCCUCUAAAGAUGGAGGGUGAGGAGGUAGAGCCAUUUCUUAUGUUACUCCAAUAUUGAGUGAUUGUACUUGAUGUAAACAAUAACCAACUCGCAUUUUCUUGUCUUUUUUAUAUCAAAUGUUUUAUAGAGAAAUCAGCCGUUUUAUUGAUUGUAAACAAUAUACAAAGCAUAAAUUGGUAUUUGUUUCACAGGCAGAAUGAUAAAAACAACAAUUUAUACUCCCUCCAUCUCAAUUUAAGUUGAUUAUUCAGUAUUCACAUAAUCAAAUCUUAAUCAUUUU